CCGGAUCACAUCAUUUUCUCCCACUGACAGAAAUCUUCGAAUUUGUUUAAAGAGCUAGCUUCUCCACAUCAAAAGGCAUUAAGUGAAACUCAUUAUCUCUUGAGAGAGUUCUACUGCUGUAAGCAAUGAAACAAGGAAGGAAGAGUUGUGACCAAAAGAAAUCAUUCGUACGAGCUGAUUUCCCCCAAGAUUUCUUGUUUGGAACUGCUUCAUCUGCUUACCAAUAUGAAGGAGCAGUGAAAGAAGGUUCCCGAGGAGAAAGUAUGUGGGAUGCUUUUGCUCGCAAGUAUCCAGAAAGAAAUUGCCGCUCUAACGCGGACGAGACCGUUGAUUUCUAUCAUCGUUACAAGGAGGAUAUUCAAAGAAUGAAGGAUAUAAAUAUGGAUGCUUUCAGAUUCUCCAUCUCCUGGGUCCGGAUAUUACCUUAUGGCAAACUAAGCAAGGGAGUGAACAAGGAAGGAAUUAGAUUCUACAAUGAGCUCAUUGACGAACUACUAGCCAAUGGAAUUACACCUCUAGCAACUUUGUUUCAUUGGGAUACACCUCAAGCUCUAGAAGAAGAAUAUGGCGGAUUUCUAAGCGAAAAUAUUGUAGUGGAUUUCCGAGAUUUUGCUACCAUAUGCUUUCAAGAAUUUGGAGACCGAGUGAAGCUAUGGUUAACAAUAAAUGAACCAUGGGUCUAUAGCGUAGGUGGCUAUGAUGCAGGAAGAAAAGCUCCAGGACGUGCCUCAAAAUACAUGAACGAUGCAGCCAUAGCUGGAAAAUCCGGUCACGAGGCUUAUAUCGUUAGUCACAAUCUUCUUCUGGCUCAUGCCGAAGCCGUUGAAGCCUUCAGGAGUUGCCGUAAUUGUAAAGAUGGAAACAUCGGUAUGGCGCAUUGUCCUUUGUGGUACGAGCCAUAUGAUUUAGCUUGUGUUGAAGAUAAUGAAGCAGCCGAGCGAGCUAUGGAGUUUAUGUUUGGAUGGCACAUGAAUCCAACGGUGUACGGAGAUUAUCCUGAAGUGAUGAAGAAAAUUGUAGGAAAGAGAUUACCGUCUUUUACCGAAAGCCAAUCAAGAAAGUUAAAAGGAUCUUUUGACUUUAUUGGUAUUAACUAUUAUAGCUCUGUUUACGCUAAAAACGUUGCUGAAGUAGAUCCCGACAAACCGUUUUGGAGAGCAGAUCAACAUGUUGAAUGGAAAAAACAAAAUAAAGCGGGAAAGGCCAUAGGUGCACAGGGUGGGGUUGAGUGGAACUUGAUGUAUCCACAAGGAUUACGAAAAGUUCUGAACUAUGCCAAGAAUAAAUAUGGAAACCCUAAAUUUAUAAUCACUGAAAAUGGACAUUGUGAUGCAUACGAAAAGAAGAAGCCAAAAAUCUGUGAGUUGAUGGAUAUGAAGAGGACUGAUUAUCACAAGAAACAUAUUAGCAACCUUCACAAGGCCAUAUAUGAGGACGGAGUCCAAGUAGGUGGAUAUUUUGCAUGGUCAUUGCUGGAUAAUUGUGAGUGGAAUUGCGGAUAUGAAAUACGGUAUGGAUUGUUCUACGUGGACUAUGAAAAUGGGCUUGAGCGUUAUCCAAAAAUGUCGGCGAUGUGGUUCAAGGAGUUCUUGAAGAAAAGAGACGAAGACAUGGUGAAAAGAUCACAAGCGAAAAGGGUUAAGGUGUCGGAGUUUUAAAGCUAAGCAAGUGUAAUGGAAUAACCAAUAAGGCUGAUAUGGCCGUUUGCUUACUACGUUAAUGUUAAUUUUCCUUUUUAAUUUUGUAUAGAAGGUGAAGAGUUUUCUCCUGCCUGAAAUAAAAUGUUUUCAAGAUUCGGAAUGAAAUAAGAUUUCAAAAGUUUCCUAAUAUGUAUCGAUUCAAACGAAACUUACUCUAUUCUAGGUCGUGAUCUAUAUUCACCAACUCAAUGAAUAAAAUUGGCCUUGACGCAAGCAUAUGAAGCUCAUUACGAGGAUACAUGUUCACUUCCAAGUCAAUCCCAUGAUUUCAUCACGUACAAUUUUCACAUUGAUGUGCUUUUCUUAUUCUAAAGUCACGAUACGAAGCAAUAAAGAGAAGUCAUUAAUAUAGUUUGAAGAACGACUAGUAUAUUAAUAUAGUUUAAAGAACGACUAGUAUAUGUCAGAGCACUGAUAGUUAGAUUUCAGAUAAAAUAUAUAUGUGAAUCAGAAUAAGAUAUUGCUUGGAAAAAAUAACAUAUGAAUACUUUGACUCUUCAUAACGGUCAUUAGCUUUGAACCAGCUGAUCUAGAUCAGGAUUAUCAGUUUGCAAUUAUUGCAAACUCUCUGUAGCAAGAUAAAAGGGGGUACUGAUACAAUGCAAUAAAGAAAGCACAUGGGAAGUAAAGAGAAGACAAAGGUCACAUGCCAUAAUUCUAGUGUUUGUUCCCUCUCUGCUAAGCCUCCAUGCUUCUUGUUCCCUUCUUUCUUUCUUACUUUUCUUCUUAUCUUCUUCCGUUUUUUGGACUUCUAUUUUUUUUUAAAUAGUUACUAAGAAACCAUAGACAUUUGUUUCUUUCUAUAUACUGUAAUGAUCUCUUAUACAACACGUAUAUUUAUACUGAAGUUGUUUUGUAAUAUAUGGUUUGGUGACGAUUUCCAGCGUCAAAUCACUAAUCCAAAAUUGCCUUUAGAAAUAUAAAAUAGCUAAAAGGGUAAACAUGAUUUAAUUCUUGUUGGUCGUUAAUAAUAACAAAGCCAAACCUAAAACUUAGCAACAGAAAGGGACCCAUAUUAAUGCCCCUAGGAAUUAGGAUGAUAACAUAACUUAAUAUAUCGACAGAGCCAGAUUCCUAGUCUAGUAUCAUUAUGAUGGAUAAGACAUUGUCGUCGGCUUUAAAUGGGCCAUGAACCCAUAUGCGAGACUCUCAUGUGAGCCAUCAAAUUUUGGGACACCCUUUGUCUUUUUUUCUUUUACCUUUUCCUCCUUCAUGCUGUUAAAUUGUUAAUGAAUUCACAUCUCUGCGUUGACCUUUUUAAAUCUUCAAGUCAAAGGGCUUAAUCGUCUUUUCCAAGAACAAGGGUAGAACUGGGAGAACAAAUUAGUACAACAGUCGAUGAUGAUGAUGAUGAUGUGAGUGGCCGCCACUAAGUUUGGCCAAUCGGCGUCUGUUAAUGUCUUUGGUUUCCAUAUGAUUGGCUUAUUCUGAAUGAGACCAAAAGACCAAAGCUUAUAUCUGUUUGGUCCAUUCUAUAUAAAAUUGGUUUAUAACACUUAUUACCUUUGCCUACUUAACAAGGCACCUUGUGGGGAUCGUAUUGGCCACCAAUUAUUCAGUUGUUACUCAAUCCCUAUAUCAAGUAUCAUACAAAACGUGAUUCUAAUCUUCUUAUCCACAUAGACAUUUAAGUGUGUAGUAUAUAAUCAUUCUUGGUAUAGGUAGUUUACACAAUACUUUGAUGCUGUCCUGCUUAAUUUGAGUUUAACUCCUAAAGUUUUCUUUUGUAACUACUGUUAAACUAUUUUGUAGUUUUUGUUUCUGUUUAAUCUUCAUGAGGUAAUCGUGUGUUAAACUGAAUUGAUCUUAAUUAUCUCAUUAGGAUGGAUCUAUACUUUUUUUCUUUUUUGUCAGAAUUUAUAUCGAUAUUAUUCCCAUUAAAAUAAAACAUUUUUAACCAUUAUGUGUUAAUGUGUAACGCAUAGAUCUGAUCACUGAACAACUUACCAUAAUGUCCACAUUAUAUCCUGAAUAAAUUAAUAGAAUGAUAGAAUAAACUAAUAAAAUGACACUACUACUUAAGUGUUUUUCUAAAUUCAUGAUCUUCUCAUCAAUGUUAUCUAUAAUAUACAAAGCAAGUGAGAGCGAUUCUACGAUGGUGAUAAGAGAAGAGAAUGCUCAGUUUUUCUCACAUGAGAAUGGUCCCAUCGUGUUUGCACAUCUUUAUUAAGAGUCUACCGAAACUUGGACCAUCAACGUCUCGUCAUAAUGAUAUCAUUAUUUUUUCCGAUCAAAUUGAAACUUUGGAUUUUGGGUUUAGUGGAAAGCCUUAUCAUAUUUGUUUAUUUCGUUGCAGUAAUCAUUUUCUAGUUACCCCAGCGAUCGUGUUUACUUGUUUUUCAAGUUCUAAGUACCUUUGCACCUUUUUGUAGCUUUUACAUUUACAUCUACUUUUAAUUUAGUUGUUUUCAGUCGUCACAUCCAAGAAACUCCAAAUUAAGCAUGUGUUUUUGUUAUCUCCAAAAACUCUGCGAAUUUAAAUGUACCACGUCGCACAUUCCCACAAAUCCACUGGACAAAGUAAACACGUAAGUAUAAGUUUUUCAUACGCAAAGAAACAUCUCAAGUCCUCCAUUCUCAGCUAUGAUUGCAAUAUUUGAACCCAAUAGUGCUAUUAUUAUUCGCAAUUGAAUUAAGAAGAAUACAAAGCAAUUACAUACCAAUAUUUGAAAUUAUUUGCAUCAUCAUUGUGUUUUUAUUGUAAUGUAAGGGGAAAUCAUGGUUACUCCAUCAUGUAUAUUUCACACGAACAAGUUUUACAUAUUUUUAGUCUACGUAUUAACGAUGGGCAUGGAUCAAAUAUCCAGAUUUAUGUACUAUUCAUGAUUUGACAUGUUUCGUCUAAACAAUCAAUUAUUUGAUUCGAUUUGAAUUUAUUCGGAUAUUUUAUAUUAGAUAUCCUGUUUAAUUUGUACCAAUAAAAUAAAAAUUAAAAGAAAUAAAAAUAAAAAUACAAAAGAUUAGUAAUUUAUUUUAAAAAUAAAAAAAGUAUUUACUAUUAAAAUUGUAAUAGCUAAAAAUAAAUUUAAUAAAUAAAAUAUUGUAAAACUUACAUAAAAUAUGAUAAUUGUAUAAUUUAUAUAGAUAUAUAUUUUCAAUAUAUAUAUAUAUGUGUGCAUAUAACAUAUAAUCCAUACGAGUAUCUGGAUUUUUCAGUUCAAAUAAAAACAAAUAAAUAAUCUAAUAAUUUUUUAUGAAUAUUUUGCUUAGUCAUUUACCAAUACAAAGACAUAGAAAAACUCAAGGUGUGUAUGGAUUUAAUUUCUAUUAUUCAAUAAAAUAAUCAACAUCAAAGUCUUUAUCAAACAGUGGCGCAAUUAAUAUCUAAUUGAGUUAAUUUACUACUAUAUGAAGCUGUUUUUUUUUGAGAAAAAUGAAGAAGCUGUUCUAGCCUAGAGGUCUAAUAGAAAAUGUCUUUGAGGUCAUUACUGAUCAUUCAAAAGAUUGCUACGUGAAACCCUCGAUAUCUUUCGAGCUACACUUAUAUGAUAUUGGUAUAUCAGUUAUACCAUGGCAGUAAAUAUAAUUUAGAAAAUUGAAUAUGUCGUCAAACAUGGACAUUAUGAAACCACCACCCUUUCUUUAUGAUUUUCUUGGCCAAAUUACUUUGAAAUAGAAGACGGAUCUUAUAAUAAGAAAGUCUAUAGUUCGGACAGAAUAAAUUAAAAUCAGAAGUCUUAAUAGAGGUUUAACCAUGGAAAUGAUGUCUUAAUGGUGGUUCAACUUAUGAACAAAAAAAGUCUUAAUGGUGGUUCAACUCCUGGUUGUCAUCGAUAUGUCCCAUCGUAAAUGCCUCAGCGCAUCAGGCCAAGAGAAAAUAAUAAUAAUCCUAACUACACUUAAUUCAAAGUUUGAGACUAAACCAAUUAAUUAUUUGCAAACAAAUAAUUCCUAACUAUAAGUUGAUGUACGCAUCCUCAUCAAUAACUUUAUCCCUGUUGUAUAAUCUUAGAUUUAUUUUUUCUACCCUAAAACUUGAUUUACCAUGCAUCUUCAUCAACAACUUUAUCCCUAUUGUAGUUGAUUAUCCUAAAAUACGUAUUUAUAUAAAUAAAUCUAAUCGGCAUGCAUAUAUAGAUUUAUUUUUAUUUUAUUUUGAUCAAAAAAAUAAAUCUAUAUAUGCAUGCCGAUUAGAUGACUAAAUGGCCGCUUGUGAAAUUUAAAUCAUUUACAAAAUUACACCUAAUACUGUCACCAACCCAAGAACAAGAAUUAUAGUAUUAAUUGCGGAUUAUAGGAGUUGUUAAGCUAACUAAAAUGGUUACAAAUGACUGUUGAGUAUAGAAAUGAAAGAAUUGGUAUGAUUAAGAUAGCUUCGUCCUUAUUGCUAAAUAAUUAUGGUCUCGAGUCAUCAGUUCUCUAUAGUUAAUUGAUGAAAACCUCUGGAAUUUUCUGUAUCCGGUAUACUAUUAUGUUGUUGAGACAGCGACAUUGUACUAGCUUCGCUAGUGAUCAUAGGAGUCCUAGUUAGAUGAAUUUUUGUUUGUGGGAAUACAAAAAUCUUACUAAAUUCUUGUAAAAUGAAGUUUAAUUCCCAUAUAUACGAUUCGGCUAUUGCAAUUAUUACUAAGUCCUCUUUUAUUUAGGCUGCUUAAUGCAAUGCAUCUAUGAUCAUAAGAAUUCACAACUAUUCAAAAAAAAAGUUGAUUGAUUGCGUCGAUCAAUAUUUUUCAUGAUAAAACCGACAAUUUGGAUUGGUAUCAUUUUUUGGUGCAUAGGUAUACGUAUGUGUGCACGCGUAUGUAUAACAUGUCCGCGUACAUAUAAAAUUGACUAGCUAAGCAGAUUGUAUGGAGCUAAUGGGCAUUAAUUAUUCAACUAAAUUGCAUAUUUUAUCGCAUGUUAUUUUCGUUUUUUUUUGCUUAAAUUUAGGUUUUCGUAUAUUUUGUUGCACGUAAAUAAUACAAAUACAAUACCAUAAUGUUGCAGAUUACCAAUUUAAACCUGAAUACGAUAACGGUAGAAUGGGAACAUGAGGGCAGAUCUGAUAACACAGUAGCACAGGAAAUCGUGAUUAAACAACUAAUAUAAUCAUUUAGUGUGCUUUAUAAUCUUACGGUAAGAUUCGCAUUUUGUUGUAAGUUGAGGAAAAGGGGGUGUUGUACCGUUGUGCAACGUGAUGACAUUCUAAAACUCCAACAAUUAUAAGGUUCCCAAGAAUUCCAACGAAUAUUAAAGAACGUAAUAUUCCUUGAACACAAUUUUUUUCAUCAACUUCGAAUAAGUUCAUUCGGAUAUGGAUGAAGAAACAUGGACUUAUAGUCGUCUACCUCUCUCUGAUCACAACGUAGUUAAUACUAAACCAAAACAAAAUUGUUGAUC